CCGAUUUUCCCGCGAACCAAACAAAAUCUUUGUUUUGAUUUUCUGUCUUUCCCGAACCGGCGAGAGUGAGGAGAGAGAAAUCCCAAAAAUCCAAAUAAAAAAAAACUCCUAUCAAAUUCACCUUCAUCGUCUCCUCCCGUCAACGCUUGAUUCAUAUCAUAUCUUUUCAUCCGUUUGUUUGAAUCCCUAUACUAUUUGGUCUUUGCCGUAAAAAUUCUUGAUUUUGAGGAAGUCUUUUAGGUAAAAUCGCAUAUGGUUUAUUGAGACAAGAGUAUAUUUUUGGAUUUCUGUGCCUUCUAUUUGAAGGAUGUCUUGUUGUGGAGGUGGCGAAGAGGAAACCUAUAGUGGUACACCCUCAAACAAUAUUGCUACAGCACCACCUCGAGGACCACCUUAUGGUGGAGGGAGUAAUAGAGGAGAGCCAAGGGGUAAUGGACCUGCAAGAAGUGGGGCCCCUCAAAAACCUUUACCAAUUGAAACACCAGCAGUGUCUUUAAGUGAGCUAAAUAGGAUGACAGAUAAUUUUGGCACAAAAUCUUUAGUUGGUGAAGGUUCUUAUGGAAGAGUCUUCCAUGGAAAACUAAGCACAGGUGAAGAAGCAGCAGUAAAAAAACUGGAUACAAGCUCUUCACCUGAGCCAGAUAAUGAUUUUACAGCCCAGUUAUCCUUGGUUUCAAGGCUUAAAAACGAGUAUUUUGUUGAAUUAAUCGGUUAUUGCUUGGAGGGAAACAACCGUAUCUUGAUAUAUCAGUAUGCAACCAUGGGUUCUUUACAUGAUGUAUUACAUGGGAGAAAGGGUGUACAAGGAGCGGAACCUGGUCCAAUCCUGACAUGGAUUCAAAGAGUUAAAAUUGCAUAUGGAGCAGCAAGAGGUCUUGAAUAUUUACAUGAAAAAGUUCAACCUUCAAUUGUUCAUCGUGAUGUUAGGUCAAGCAAUAUUUUAUUGUUUGAUGAUUUUCGAGCCAAAAUUGCUGAUUUUAAUUUGAGCAAUCAGUCUUCUGACACUGCAGCUCGCCUACAUUCAACUAGAGUGUUAGGAACUUUUGGCUACCAUGCUCCUGAGUAUGCAAUGACAGGACAGAUAACUCAGAAAAGUGAUGUUUACAGUUUUGGAGUUGUUCUUCUAGAACUUUUGACCGGAAGGAAACCGGUUGACCAUACGAUGCCGAAAGGACAACAAAGUCUUGUUACUUGGGCAACUCCUAGGUUAAGUGAGGACAAAGUAAAACAAUGUAUCGAUCCAAAGUUAAACAAUGAUUACCCACCAAAAGCCGUUGCAAAGAUGGCGGCAGUGGCGGCGUUAUGUGUGCAAUAUGAGGCGGAUUUCAGGCCAAAUAUGACGAUUGUUGUCAAGGCUCUGCAGCCGCUUUUUAAUUCGAAACCAGCAGCGGCAGCAGAGCCUCAAACUUCGUAACCAAAUUUCUAGAAAGUUUUAUCUAGAAAUCUUAGUUUGAAAUGUACUAGAAAAUCAAUUAUGGAAUGGAAUUGAAUUCUUCUCAAAAGUCAAAAGUAGAAACUCUUAGGGGGUGUUUGGGAUUGCUUUUUGAACUCCAAAAGUGCUUAUUGACUUAUGGUUGUGGCAAAAAAAAGUUUUUAAAAAAGUGUUUGAAUUAGCUUUUGUGGUGGCAAAGCAAUAAGUCAAUAAGUUAAAAAGUGUUUGGCUUAAAAUCUUCUUUUUGAAGCUAUUGUGGUUAAAAAGUUAAAAGGAGUUAAAAAAAAACAAGUUUUACAUUCUUUUUGAAAUCUUCUUUUGAAGCUAUUUUAUAAAUGUUUUUGACUUUGUUAAACAUUUUUUUUGACUUAUUGGUUUUUCAAAAAACCAAUAAGUUAUUUUGAAAAGCAAUCUGUAGACAUGUUCCAAGAGCCAACUUGUCCGAAUUUCAAAUUUUUGUAAUUUUCUUGGUCAGAGAAUUUGUAAAAGUUAUUCUUAUACGAAUGAAAGAGUUGAUAUUGAUUUUAGGGCUAAAUAUAAGAAAUAGCAACAUACUUUUAUUUAUGUUUUUUAUAGCAUCAUUCUUCAAUUUCUCUCUCUUAGAACAUGUGUACUUUCAGUUUUUUUUAUUAAAAGCAAUGUAAUUUCAAUUUUUUUUAUCAAGUUUCCAAAUUUGUGUAAUUAUACAAAUGGAAAUUGUAUUGUAUUUACAUGAUAUUGCUAUAAGUUGAAAGAUUUACAAAAAUACAAGGG